AUGAUACCGAGAAAAUCAUCUUUUCGACCUUCCCGCCGACAAAGAGCCCGGCGGAAGGAACACUCACGUCAAACGAAAACACCACAUGUCAGUUCUCCUCACCAGCUUCUUGAAAGGCCACUUGUGAAAUCCAUGGUCCACGCGGCCUCCCCAUCAUAUCGAGAAUGUUCUCCUGCCAGACCGGCAACACCACUCGUUUUAACAGUCACACUGCUCUUGCUUGUCCUUCUGGCGUCUAAGGACCAAGACCAUCGACGACGCUUGCAUACCAGACAUCUACAUACUCUUGGAGAUGCCACUGCUGCCGUCGAGGCAGUUCAGCAGAGGGUUAGAUGGAAUAGUGACUACAGAAGUCGUCUGCUCGCAGCCCAUUCCGCGGGUCGAAGUCAGUCAACAGAAGUCUUCCUAAGAUGGCUUCAUAUUCCGAAGACGGGAACGUCCUUUGUAAACACGCUUGUUCGAUGGGGAUGCACAAACGUGGCAGCUGAGACAUUUGUUGUGCCGAGGAAAGAGCGCCCGCAAGAAAUGCAUCUGGCGCUUCCAGAGACCCUCUCGUGGGACUGGCUCUUUAAGAAUCAAUCGGGGAGGGGGUGGUUGAGAACUCAUUGUCGGGAAAGACUUGUCACUCACCAUCCAAUUACGGGUUCGCUUCAUUACUCACUGUAUAUGCAUCGCGCGUUGAAAAACUGGGAGACUGUGAAUGCCGUCGCUUUCUUCAGAUUACCGUUACAACGCAUGUAUUCCAAUUACAUGCACCUUAGCCUGCACUAUAAUGAAAGUCGAGAGCCACGGGAAAGUCUGCAAAGCUUCUUGACAAAGAAGCAAUUUUGGUCGCAGCAAACCAAGAUGUUGCUCGGCAGACAUUACCGAGAUCCGCGUCCCGUGUCGAUGGUGGAUGCGCAGAAGGCAGUUUUGAUUGUUAAGGAGAGCCUGAUGUUCGUCGGAUUAACAGAGGAGUUCGUGCUUUCUUGUCGAUUGUUUCACGCCACGUUCGGCGGCGUUCCACAUCGUGCCCAGUUCGAGAACAUUCGUCCUGGAAUCUCCAGGUACAACUCUUCAGUGACUACGUCAAGUUCUUUCCGGUACAGUGAGAGCCAGUUUGAAGGCUGGUCAGAUGCGGCGGAUGAGCUUGUGUAUCAGGCAGCGAAAGUGCGAUUUUGGAGCGAUGUGAAGCAGUUAAAGGCGAAGAUCGAGGUAGAUGGACUUGGUGAGGUUGUUGUACAGACUAACCAUCUAACUAAUAAAUAA